AUGGCUGCGUCAGAGGGAAGCGAGCGCCUGGGAACCCGGAGGCCUGGAUCUGGGCCGAGGUGGAACGGAGUCGGCGCCGCAGCCUGGGCCGUGCCUCCCGCCUCCCGCAAGGCCGCCCGGCCUCUCCGCGCCCUCGCCCCGCGCUCCCAGCUCACUCGCUCGCGCGGCGCCCGCUGCGGCUUCUCCUCCUCUUUCGCCUCCUCCACUUCCUCCGGUUUCUUCUUCUCCUCCUCCUCUUCCUUUUUCUCCUCCUCCUCUUCUUCCUCCUCCUCUUUCCCCACCUCCUCCCGCUCAGCCACUGCCUCCUCCUUCACUACCACCAGCACCACCACCACUCCCUCAGGGGCUCCCGAGUCCCUGCAGAGUCCCGGCCCGCGCCGCCUCCGCUGCGGGCCCCUGGAUCCCGAGCCUGCAGCGCCCAAGCUGAUAGGACAGACCGACAAACGGACAACAUUCCUUACGCCUAACGCUCUGCCAUGCUGCCACCCGCAGCCCCGCGUCCUGCAACUAGGAUCGCCCCUGGAGCACCUUGAAGAAAACCUCAGCAAUGUUCCACCCUAUUCACAGAUGAAGACACUGAUGCUGGGAGAGGCUGGACAACUUGCCAAAGUCACACAGAAAGGGGCAGGGCUGGAAUUCGAACCCAGGCAGUGGGAAUGCAGAGCUCUGCCCUCAACUGCGGCCUUCCAGAGCAGAGGAACAAACCUUCUGGGAGAUGAGGAAGACUUGCCCAUGUUCUCUGAGGUCUGUCAGGAUCCAUGGUGCAGCUCAGCAGAUUCCUCCCUCCCAGGGGCUAAGGGUGAGCUCCAGAGCACCUAAUCAGGACCAUGAGUGAGUGACAAUCUCUUUCCUGUCAUCUGUGAGACAGAGAAGCGUGGACUUCAGAAGGUUGCUCUAAGAAGUAUGGAAAUAUUGCAGGGUCAUCUCAGGCUGGCUGCACUCCCAGCUGAAGUCCCCCGCUCCUGUCAAGGCCACUUCUCCACCUGAGUGCUUCCUUCCAUAUUCGGUAACUCUCUCCCCUCUGCCCCAGCAGGGCCAGCCAGGGUGGUGAGAGCCCCCCAGUGAGCUCCCAGCCCCAGUGCACCGCACUAGCCCUUUUGGUAUCCCUAUACUCUACCCACACCUUUGUCAAAAGUCCUCUUUAAAGGACCCCUUGAAGUAUCCUAAUUUGAGUGUGCCAUCUGUUUCCUGAUGGCCCCUGAGCAGAUCUUGCUUUGGGAAGUCAGCAGUAGAAAGGAAAUGACAGUGCUUUGUCUAAUUAUAGGGUCAGUUGGUAAAAGAAGCAGGAGGCAUUUAAAAAUGAUUCAUUCUUCAUUAAGAAAUGAAUUGUUAAAUAGCUAUGCUUCUCCCCACCCAAACUGGAAGACUUCUCUGAAGUUGCAAAAGGGCUGGUGGCACAGUCUUGACCACUUUGCACCUAUGAUGAGAGCGUGGGCCACAGCAGAGCCUGUCUCCCUAAGCCCUUCACAAAUAGUGGAGGCAGCAAGGCCAACUAGGACAUCCUGUCACCACCAGGGAGCUUCCCCAAUCUCCCGUUCUCUGGCAGAGUUGAUGCCAGAAUUCCAACCACUGUUUUCAAUUUGAACGUAAUUGUGGAAGUGUAAUUCCUAAGUACUCAAAAUUGUAUCCUUUCUGUUGAGUUCCCACAUACAGCAGAGAGGGUUGCCACGAUUCCUGCCAAUUGGGAAUUCUCUUUUGUCUUGCUUUGGAAAUCCAGUGGCAAAUUCCCUGGCUUCAGGUUGGGAAAGUAGAUUUAUUCAUUUCCAUGUGGAAAGUCAAGGAGGCUUGGAAAGAGUUGGACUUGAGAGUGUGCAAGGACCUAUGCUCUAGGCCCCACCCCAGAGCCCCCACCCCAAGCUACAGCCCACCCAGGGAAGGUACAGCCAGAAAGGAGGGUUCCGGGAGCCCCAGCACUGCCCAAGGCAGCUGAAAGCAGCAGACACUGGGUAUAGUCACUGGCACCUGCAAUGAGACCAGGGGUGGGGCUGCCCAGGCAGGCCAACAUACACAGUCAGAGGAAGUGCAGACAGCAAUUUGGAAGAUUUAGGGGUUCUUGGGCCGUCAUCGUAUUUUACCGUGUUGUCAUUGACAUAUGUUGGUGUUUUCUCCAGAGCAGGUAAGAGGUGGGAUGAAUGACAGCAGGGCGUGCCUGGCUGCCAGGUCUGCACAGCUGGACAAAUGAGGGAAGCUGCGGAGGGGAGGGCGGGGAUCAUCUGGGAGUCUAAGGGUACUGUUUGCCCUGUGGGCGCUGGAAGGUACAUGCCAGGGCCUGGGGUGGUGCCCACCAGGAAGCAACAGAGGGGUGAUAAAACUCGCAGCAGUACAACUCGCCCUAACAACUGCUUUGAAUUAAAAUACAUUUUUCAAGAAAACAAAUACCAAUUCAAUCACUAUGAUGAGAAGUUUCUCAUGAUAGCGGUGAAGAAAGGCCAGGUUGUUGAUCAGUGUGAGGGAGUGUUGAUCAGUGUAAGCGUUUCAGAAAAGGUGAGGAGGCAGCUUGAAGGAACAAGAGUAUAGUCCAUGCCCUGACAACCUUGUCCUAACUGGCCAGAUGCUGGGACGAGCAUUUUGGAGUGCAGGAGAAGUAGUAACUCCUAAAUGUUAGAUGUUUUUCUAGAACUGACCAAGCUAGAUCAGCACUGUCGCUUUGAUGUACACACAUGCCCUGGGGAUCUUGUCAAAAUGUAGGUUUUGAUUCUAUGGGUCUGGCCUAUGGGUCUGCACUUCUUUCUUUCUGUCUUUUUUUUUUUUUAAAUAGUCUCACUCUGUCACUCUGGGUAGAGUGCCAUGGCAUCAUCACAGCUCACAGCAACUCCAAACUCCUGGGCUCAAGCAAUCCUCUUGCCUCAGCCUCCCAAGUAGCUGGGACUACAAGUGCCUGCCACUAUACCUGGCUAGCUUUUUUUCUAUUUUUAGUAGAGACAGGAUCUCAUUCUUGCUGAGGCUGGUCUCAAACUUCUGAGCUCAAGCAAUCCUCCUGCCUCAGCCUCCCAGAGUCUAGGAGGGUCUGUAUUUCUAACAAGCUCCUGGAUGUGGUGGAUUUUACCAGUCCGUGGAUCACACUUAAAGAAGCCAGGAAUUGAGGAUGCUGACUUGGCUAGUGACACUUCUGCUUCCCGACCAAGCAACAUAAAACAAAAGCAGGUACAAAUGGCCCAGUCCGGCAGACUGGGAAGUUUGGUGAUAAUGACCCAAGCCUUGGCCUGGUGACCAAGUGGCUAAUUAGGGGGCUCCAUCUCCAAACUCCAUUCCCCUUCCCAAGUGUACAAUGCUCCAGGGUUGAUUGGAGCCAGCUGUCCCCAGUGAAAGGUAGUCUGGUCACCAAGGGCAAGUGUACAGGAUGGCUUACCUUUGCAAAGCUAUCACAGUCCUAGGCCCAGAAACAUGACCUGCCAUUCACUUAAUUAUUUAUUCAUUUCUUCACCAAACACAUCUCUUUAACCAACACAGUGGUUAAGCUUUGCUCUCUAUUCCUGCAUCAAACCAUUGCCCACCACAAACUGGGCCAUGUUGCUAGCUGGCAUUCCUUUCACAUUUUCAAUUUACCACCAAACUACCAGUCCUAAUAAAAGCAGAUAAGAGGGCUUCUGCUGUGCUACACUUGUGUUCCAAAAUGAUAAAUGCUAUCAACCCAAGGUUAAAUCCCUAAGGCAGAAAAUAAACACCCAUGAGGGCCAAGGAGGCUCAGUGACCCACGUCCACUAACUUGCUCAGAUACUGUGCACUAUAAGAAUUCCACAGAGGGAAGGGUGCAUGAGUUUGAGUGCAGAAGGCUUCCUGGAGGAGGUGAGAUUUCUGGUGGGCCUUUGUUAUGGGUUGAAUGGUGCCCACCCCAAAAUCCAGAUGUUUAGUCUAACCCCCAGUACUUAAGAAUGUGAUCUUAUCUAGAAAUAGGACCAUAGCAGAUUAGUUAAGAUGAGGUCCUCCUGGAGUAGGGUGGGCCCCUAAUCUGAUAUAACCGGUAUCCUUUUCAAAAAAGGAAAUUUGCAGACAGAUGUGUGCACACAGGGAGAAUGCCUGUGAAGACAAAGGCAGAGAUCAGCAUGACGCCUCCAGAAGCCCAGAGAAGCCAAAGAUUGCAGCAAACCACCAGAAGCAGAGGAGAGGCCUGGGGUAGAUUCUCCCUCACAGGGAGAAGGAAGGAACCGGAAAAGGAAGUCAUCCUGCUGACUGACACCUGGCUCCAGACUCCCCACCUGCAGAACUGUGAGACAAUACAUUUCUGCUGUUUCAAGUACCACACCCAGAUUGUCUUACUUUGCCAUGGCAGCCCUUGCAAACUAGUACAGCCUUGUAGAUGUAGGACAGGCUGGAAUUUGUGAUGUACACAGAAAGUCCCCUGUCACUACCCCUCUGUCACUCACAAAGCUGCUAAAAAUGAUGCCCCUGAAUGAGCCAGGGUGGGGAGGGGCCCCAGCGUGCCCCCUGCCAGUCACAGACGAGCACCUGUGGCCUGGAGGAGGAAGACAACUUGGCCACAUCCCCUCCCACCUUUCUGGCAGAGGCAGUGCCCUGCCAGCUGGCCCCACUCCCCCACCACAUACCUGGCUGGGAGUCAGUGGGAAAACAGUGUGUGUUUGUAGGUCUCUGCACUGACAGGCGCUGGAUCAAUGCAAAGUCUUAUAAAUUAGAGAUAAGUGGGUUUGCUGAUUUGCUGGAGGUUAGAGCUACGGGAUCUCGUGUUAGCUCUGGGUCGUCUCCACAACCCUGAGCUGGCUCGGGGUGAGCUAGAGAAGGAAAAGUGUUGUAGGUGGAAUUGAGUCCUCCCAGUCUCUGAGAGAUACACAGAAGUACUAGCCUCUUAUACAGCCUUCAGAUACACUGAAGUACUAGCCGCUGUGAAUGUGACCUUGUUUGGAAAUAGGAUCUUUCAGAUGCAAUCAAGUAAAGAUGAGGCAAUACUGGAUCAGACAGUCUCUAACGCCAUGACAGGUGUCCUUGUAAGACAAGGGAAAUUUGGACACAGAGACACAAAGAGGAGAGGCCAAGUGAUGUCACAGAGACAUACGCACAGGGAGAACACCAUGGGACAACAGAGGCUGGGAUUGGAGCAAUGCACUUGCUAGCCAAAGAAGGCCAAGGAUUGGGCGCCCCCAAAGCUGGAAGAGGCAGGAAGGAUGCUCCCCUAGAACCUUCAGAGGGGGGAUGGCCCUGCUGAUACCUCCAUUUCAGACUUCUGACCUACAGGACUGAGAGAGAACAUACUUCUGUUGCUUGAAGCCACCCAGUUUAUGGCAGCCCUGGAAGACUGACUCUGGGCCCUUCCCUGCCAGCCUUGUGGAGCAGCCUCCACAUGCCCCUCAGCCAGCUGGGAAGAGGCCCGUGGAGCUCAGCCUCACCCAGAGAGGUGUCUCCUCUCAGCCUCCUCCCCAGACAUGUCCCACCACGGCGGAGGAUUCUUGCCCUGGGCAAUCUGCCACUGCAGAGGCUGUGAUGAUGGAGCUGUCCCAGCCCCUCCAUAAAGUGGGGACAGAAGCAGCCCUCUCUGUUCUUUAUAGAUGUCCUAGACUUCUUAUGAUAAUGUGAGAAAAUGGAAGUGGUGACAGGGGGUUGUAACCUGCCAAACGCUGUGAGCUCUGGUGACCAACAGGGAAAAGUCCCUGAUAGUGGCAGGGUGCAGGGAGACAGGGAGGAGGAAGGCCCUGGGUUCCGCUCCUCGGUGCAUGGCCUUUCUGCACCUUCACGUUACCAUUCCAGUUGUCACAAGGACACAGCCCCCUC